UAAAAGUGGGGACAUUUCCGGUUUGUGUUUCCUUACCUUCAGCAUUUAGAGAUACAAUAUUGUAUGAAAUAUCAUAUUCUCAAUGGAGGAGGCGACGGAUUUGAAAAUAGGGUUAACCCUCAAAGAGCUGACCGUCUCCGGGUUGAGUGACGGCGACGAAGUGGCGGGCUGCUCGUCCACUUUGGAGCUGCAGGACUUGAAGCUGGUGUGUGUGGAGUAUCCUGCCAUCAUUGCUAGUGUGGACAAGAUGCUGCACACGCUGGGUGGAGAACUAACCAUGUCUAAAACCUACGCUCACCCGAAUCUGCGGCUCGAGCUGCGCUACCGACCCGCGGACCCUUUCUGCCAUUUUCUGUGUGGAAACCGCUACUCGUCCAACAACCUCCUUCUCAAGGUGCGAAGGCGAGUCCGCAAAAAAGACAAUAAAGUUGCCGAGGUCAACAUGGAGAUACUCGGAGUCAUUGGAACGACGUAUAAAUUUCAAGGGAUGGCAGACUACCAAUGCCUUGCCGUGCACAGCCAAGAUGGAAAACAUGCAUCUUUGUAUGACAAAAUUAUCCUGCGCAAACCAGAAAAGCAAGAGUUCUUUGAGCAGCCCAUGCCAUACUUCAUCCCCCCAGCCAUCUUUUCACGUCUCGACAGUCCCGUGGAUUAUUUCUACCGACCCGACGUCAAUCAAAAACUGCAAGGAGAUGUACAGAACAAGGCCAAUUUUAUUGGUUUGAAUAGAGUCCGGCGGUCUCACAAUGCCGUUUUCAUCAGUUUCGCGGAUCCUAGUGUGCCGAGCGAGUGCAUGGAGGCGGCCAAGACGAACUGGACGCGAAUGUGCCUGAGGGACAAUGACAGGCAGGCGGAGGAAAAACUGGCAGCGAUGUUUGAGAGCCGGCCCAUCUGGUCACGGAACGCAGUCAAGGCCAACAUCAACAUCCACCCUGAGAAGCUCAAACUGCUCCUGCCGGUCUUUGCCUACUAUAUGGUGACUGGACCAUGGAGAAGUCUGUGGAUCAAGUUUGGUUAUGACCCCAGGAGGACAAUUGAGUCCAAAAAGUACCAGAUGCUGGACUACAGGAUGCGCUGUAGCACCAAGAACGCAUAUGUACUAUCAGACCUACCAGUGAAACCCAAGAGGAGUGCCCUGAACUACACUCUGCCUAUUGCAAUCAACAAGACCGUUCCUACUCCAGCCAGUGUGACAGACCUUCCCACUCAAGAGGGUUCCGGCAGCAGUCGAGAUCAAGUCCGAGUCUCAUAUCAGCUGAAGGAGUCGUCCUAUGUUUUCAAAGAGGGCAUGCUACCUCCUCACCGGCAGAUGUUUUACCAACUGUGUGACUUGGAAGUGCAAAGAAUACAGGAUGUGAUCCAGCAGAACAGCGGGACCGAGCAAGUGUGCGAUGAGCGAGAUGGCUGGUGUACAGUUGGCACCACAGACAAGCUGAGGGACAUCAUCUCAGCCAUGGUUAAGAAGGUCAUCAGAGAGCUAAAACCACCAUUGCAAAAGAUGCCCAAGCGACCGGGCAGUUCAGUCCGCAGUACAAAAGCGGGCGCGGAAGAUGCAGAAGAUGAUGAUUAUGACGACGAUGUAAAGGCGGAAGAUGAGGAGGAUGAGUAUCAGCCAUCAGAGGGAAGUGAAAACGAGAUGGAGACAGAAAUUCUGGAUUACAUUUGAGAAAAGAUGCUUUAAUGGAAUAUCUGCGGAGGCGACAUAAAAAAGAGAGAACGAGAACUGCCUUCUAUAGAGAUCCCUGCAAGUUUACCUCUUUGUCCAGGAAAACAACGGAACUCGUAAAGUACCUUUAAGGGAACGAGAGGAGCGCCUGAGAACGACUUACUCGGACAAACCGAGGCAGGUACCAGUCGUCAUCCCGAAAGACAUGCCACCAAUUCAAUCUGCUGAGCACCAGAUGGACACACCAAGUUGUGAGAACUGUAAACAGUGCUAGAACAGCCUCAGCCCUAGGCAUACUUGCCAACCCUCCCGAAUUUUCCGGGAGACUCCCGAAAUUCAGCGCCUCUCCCGAAAACCUCCCGGGACAAAUAUUCUCCCGAAAAUCUCCCGAUUUUCAGCCGGAGCUGGAGGGGGCGUGGCCUCCAUGCGGACCUGCGUGAGGACAGCCUUUUUUCACUACGGGAGGUCAACAGGGUGACAAGAACUAAAUCAUCCAGACUAGAGGUACAUUGUAUUAUUAUGUUUAUCUUACCUAAAAAUAAAUAGAUAUUUAUUAAUUAAAAAAAAAAAAAAAAACUAAAUAAAUUGUUACUAUAUUUUGCUAAA